CAGAGCCUCCUCUGAUCCUUGAGAGGCUGUGAGGGAGUGAAAAUUGAGAGUGAGUGACACCCAAAUAGAACCCAAACACCUUGAACCCCAAAAAUGGAAUCUGGUUCUAGUUUCACAGCAAAAACACCCGUUUUCAAUGGUCAUAACUACCCAGUUUGGUCAGUCAAAAUGAAGGCUUAUCUAAGGGCCUUCAACCUUUGGGAAGUGGUGGAAACCGACCAGCAACCACCACCUUUAAGGCAGAAUCCCACCUUGGCUCAGAUAAAGCAGCAUACUGAAGAAGUUACGAAAAGGUAUAAAGCCUUGACUUGUAUUCAUUCUGCAGUAACUGAUGAGAUUUUCGACAGAAUUAUGCGCUGUGAAACAGCCAAAGAAGCUUGGGACUUGUUGAAGGUAGAGUUUCAGGGUGGCAGCAAGGGAAUUCAGAUGCAAGUUUUGAAUCUGAAAAGGGAAUUUGCUGUUUUGAGGAUGAAUGAGUCUGAAACUGUCAAAGAGUUUUCAGAUAGAAUAAUGAAGAUUGUGAAUCGAAUCAGAUUGCUGGGUGAUGAAGAACUCUCUGAUAAGAGGGUUGUUGAGAAGGUGUUGGUCAGUUUGCCAGAAAAAUUUGAGCACAAGAUCUCCUCUUUGGAAGACUCCAAGGAUCUUUCCAAAAUUCCCUUAACUGAACUUAUCAACUCUUUACAAGCUGUUGAACAGAGAAAAGCCUUAAGGUCCCAAAGCAAUGUGGAAGGUGCUCUCUUGGCUACCGAAAAGGGUAAAAGCGAACAAAAGGAAGGAGUAAAGAAGCAAUUUUUUGACAAGAAAUGGAAAGAAAAGAAGGAGUUUCAAAGAGAUUUCAAGGGCAGUAGAUACAAGGGCCUGGUGUUGAGUGCAGGUCUUGUAAGCAAUUCGGUCAUGUUAAAAAGUGGAUGUACUCACCAUAUGACUCCAAAUGAGAGCUGCUUCAAAAGCCUUGACAAGAGUUUUACCUCUAAAGUCAGAUUGGGUAAUGGAGAGCUAGUAGAGGUCAAAGGAAGGGGAGUAGCAACUGUUGAUACACCAACAGGUAUCAAGCUUAUUUAUGAUGUUCUAUUUGUUCCUGAGAUUAGCUACAGCCUUAUUAGUGUUGCUCAGCUUGUUGAAAGCAAAUACUCUUUGCACUUUCAUGACAAGCUAUGUGAUGUAUUUGAUGAAUUUGGAAAUUUGUUGUUAUCUAUUAAAAUGCUUGAUAGGAGUUUUCCUAUUGAAUGGAAAGAAACUCAGAUAAAGGCUUGCGUGAGUACUGUUGAUAAUUCUUGUGUCUGGCAUAAGAGGUUUGGUCACUCUAGUUAUCAAUCUUUGCUAUUGAUGCAAAAAAAGAGCAUGGUUUCUGGUAUGCCUCUUGUUCAUGUUGAUGAACAUGUUUGUAAAGUGUGUCAGCUUGGUAAGCAAUCGCAAUUGCCUUUUCCAUCUGGUCAAGCUUAUAAAGCUUCUAUGAAGUUGCAGCUAGUUCACACUGACAUUUGUGGUCCUAUGAAGACUGCUUCUUUAAGUGGAAAUAGAUAUUUCCUGAUUUUUAUUGAUGACUUCAGCAGAUUUUGUUGGGUGUAUUUUCUAAAACAUAAAUCUGAGGUAUUUGAUAUUUUCAUCAAGUUCAAAGCCUCGGUUGAAAAUGAGUGUGGUUUGAAUAUCAAAACACUUAGAUCUGAUAAUGCAGCUCAGUAUACUUCUCAUAGAUUCCAACAGUUUUUGCAGCAACAUGGAAUUCAUCAUCAGCUCACAAUUCCUUACACACCUCAACAAAAUGGUGUGAGUGAAAGGAAAAACAGAUCUAUUUUGAAUAUGGCCAGCAUUCUUCCUUUCGUUGAUACAGAUUCAUUAUCAUCUCUUCCUCCUAAAACUGGAGUUGAUAUAGAAUAUGAAGAUGAUUGGAAUGUUCAUAAGCUGAUAACAUCUGAAAACUCCUUCCAGGCAAAUCUUGACAAACCUCCUGAAGCAGCUGGCUGCAAGGGGCCUAACAGUGGAUUCUACAAAACCACAGCAGGGGAGAAAAUUGCCUUAAGAGCAAAACGGUCAAGGUUUGGUUCACAUGGUGCUAUCUCCGAUAUUCUGACCAGCCUUUCUUUACGCACUCUGAUGUUACAGGCUAGAGUGCUGGAUGUUGGACAUAGCGGGAAGAGGUAUGGUGCGGUCCAGUGCACCAAAGAUAUUAGCAGAGCUAACUGCAGCAAGUGCUUUGAUGCUCAGCUGAUGACUUUUAGAACCAUUGUUGGAAAUAGUAGAGGAUGGGAGAUUUAUGGGUAUAGUUGUAGCAUGUGGUACCAUGACUAUCAGUUCUAUUUCAACAUCUCUACCACUUCUAAUGAUGGUGCUCGAAGAUCUUCUUCAAAUGGAGUUGCAAUUGAUAUAAUCAUGGUUGUCUUGGUGUUUAUAUUGGUGCUAUAGGCCUGUAGCCAUUAAUGUUGCUCAGCUAUGUGAGGUUGAACGUGAAAGCUGAGAUCAGCUAUGAGCAAUUUUUAGCUGAAACUAUACUUGAUCUCUUAAGUCUUAAUUACUAAUUUUUUUUCAUGGUUCAAAAAGGAGACAAAAUUGAGAGGAAAGAGGCAGAAUAUAAAGUGAAAAUGGAGAG